UCCAUCAUGGUUGAAACUUCAGUGUUUUCUUUUAUUCUUCCCUUCAUAAUUUCGUUCGUGUUUGGACUCACACUUUUUAUCAUAAUUCGCAUAAAAUGGGGCGAAAAAAAUCAAAAGGGCAAAAUACCGGAAUUUAGGUUUUUCCCUUACAUUGGCUAUGUCGUUUGGGCUUGGAAUCUUCAGAACUCAAAAUUAGUUCCUCCACUAUGCCGCGGAUUCAUGCUACUUAAUGCUAUAUGCAACCUCUUCAAAAAAGAAGGAAUAGCGAUUCUCUGGAUAUGUUACCGCCCAAUGGUAUUUGUUUAUAAAGCUGAAUAUGUAAAAUUUUUAAUAAAUCAUCCUGAUCUUCAAGGCAAAGCGAAAGAGUACGAUGUGUUGAAAAGCGUGUUUGGAGGAAAUUUAUUCACAUUAAAGGGGGAUCAUUGGCAAAAGGAGCGGAAAUUACUAACCCCUUCUUUUCACAUGGGUAUAUUAAAAGACUUCGUUCCCAUUUUUGAUGAACAGUCAUCACUCAUCAUCGAUAAAGUGAAGUCAAAGCUCCACGAGCCGUGGAUCAACAUAGACACCUACGUGAGAGAGUGUCUUUUGCUUAUAAUAUGCCGCACGGCGAUGGGAGUCAAUUUUGAGGAAAAGGAAGCCAUCGAAAAGCACGCUGAAGCAGUUGACGAGAUGCUUAAAAUUUCUGUUCAUAGACUCUUCAGACCUUGGACCCACUAUGACUUCAUUUACCAAUUUUUUCCAAUGGGAAGAAAACAAAAGCAAUAUACUGAUAUUGCUGUCGGUAUUACUGAUAAGGUCAUUAAAAAAAGCAAAGAUGCUCUGGUCACUCAAAUGAGGAAUAAAACAAAUUUCAAAGAAUCAGAAUAUGAGGAAUUAAAUGUUCGAGAAAGGAAAAGUUUCAUGGGACUUCUUUUAGAUCACCACAUGUUGGAUCCGUCUUUCACUUUAGAAGAUUUACGAUCUGAAGUACUAACUUUUAUAGCUGCAGGGCACGAAACUGGAACUGCAACUGUGGCAGUCACUUUAAUGAUGUUGGGGUUGUAUCAAGACGUGCAAGAGACUGCCAUACAAGAAAUAGACUCCAUUUUUCAUAAUGACAAGACAAGACCAGUUGCACUUGAAGACAUUGCGAACAUGAAAUAUUUGGAAUGUGUAAUUAAGGAAACUCUGCGACUGUAUCCAAUGGCACCAAUAGUAGCUAGAGAAGUCAAAGAAAAUAUCGACUUAGGUGACUAUAAGUUACGACGAGGGACAGGUGUGAUAAUAAAUUUUUACAGUCUUCACAGAGAUCCGGAAUUUUUUCCAGAGCCAGAAAAAUUUAAACCCGAGAGAUUUUACUUAGAAAAUAACGAGACGCGGCACCCGUACGCGUACAUACCCUUCUCUGCCGGCAAUCGAAAUUGCAUUGCUCAAAGAUAUAUCAUGACAGUAAUGAAAGUGUUUGUGUGUUAUUUUCUGCGUCAUUUCCGAAUCAAGGCUCUCGAUCACAGAGAUUUGCUCAACUUCACCUGGGAAAUCACCAUGAGGAACACGAGUCCCAUACGUCUGCAGCUGUCUCCAAGAUGAUCACAGUCUUCUUAUUAUCAAACAAAUAAAAUACUCCUUUUCAAAAUUGCAUAAUAUGAAUAGCAGAAACGGAGAAAA